AUGGCUUUGGUCCCAUCCAAGGAUGAUGCGACCGUAUUGGCGGCGCUUGGCCACAAGGAGGAGUUGGAUCGACAAUUCACUCCAUUUUCCAUGGCCGCCAAUGCCAUCAUUACCGCAAGUGCUUGGACGGCGAUCAUAGGAACUUUCAUCACCUCAAUCUAUAAUGGCGGCGCCGCCGGAUUGAUCUACACAUGGAUUGUUGAUAAUUUCUUCUUCCUCUUCAUUGCCUUAUCCAUGGCUGAGUUGACUUCGGCUAUGCCGACUGCUGCGGGAGUCUACCACUGGUCGGCAGCAUUGGCUGGUCCUAAAUACUCCCGACCGGUUGGUUUUCUGACUGGAUACUUCAAUAUGCUAGGAUGGACUCUCGGACUUGCUUCAUUAUACUCGGUCGCUGGUCUUGAAGUGACUGGGUUAUAUCAACUCUACCACCCAGAGUAUGUCAGUAAACCCUGGCAUGUGUUCGUGGUGUUUGUUGUUCUCAACUGGUCUUUUGCGGCAUUUAUUCAAUUUGGUAACAAGAUAUUACCUUAUUAUACCAAGUUUGGAUUAUUCAUUAAUGUCGGCGCUUGGUUCACCAUCAUCGUUUGUCUCGCCGUUCUUCCCAAAUCCCAUUCGACUAGUUCAUUCGUAUGGACCGAAUACACCAAUUCGACAGGCUGGCCAACGGGUGUGAGCUUUAUUCUGGGACUUGUCGCUCCAGCCUUCUCAAUCGGUACAAUUGACAGCUCAACACACAUGGCUGAGGAGGUGCCCAAUCCUUCAAAGAACAUUGCCAAGACAGUGAUGGUUCAAUGGUUUGGCUCGUUCAUAAUGGGUUUCUGCUUCCUCGUCGCCCUCUUCUAUGCAGCCGGCGACCUGGAUACCAUCAUGACUGCCUCCGAGGAUAAUUUCCCCGUCGCAGGCAUCAUGCAAAUCGCAUUCGGUGAUACAAGGUCAGCUUUCGCGUGUGGUCUUGUAAUCUUUAUCGCCGCCAUUCCCGGCUGUAUCGGUGCUCAAAUUGCGACCGUGCGAUGCGUGUGGGCAUUUGCCCGCGACGGCGCCUUGCCAUUCUCUGAUUUCUUCUCCAAGGUUGACGAGCACAAUGUAAUGCCUGCAAGAGCGAAUAUUUUGAUCACGUUGAUCAGCACUGCGUUGGGAGCGCUGUACGUUGCUUCGACAGUGGCGUUCAAUGCCCUCGUUGCUUCGUACGCUGUCAUGUCUUCCACGUCUUACGGUAUAGCCAUUGCCGUCCACUUCUUCACCGGGCGCAAACGAGCGCCGCCUGGUUGGUUCUACCUUGGUGAUGGAAUUGUGGGCUAUGCUGUGAAUGCUAUUGCUCUGAUCUAUAUUUUCGUCUCGAAUGUUUUCUUUUGCUUACCAUAUGACCGUCCACCGGUUACAGCGGCGACCAUGAAUUACACAUCACUUGUGUCCUACGGCAUGGCGAUCUUGGUCGUUGUUUGGUGGUUCAUCGGGGGUAGCAGAAUCUACAAGGGACCAAAAUUGUCCUCGGAGACAUAUGAGGUUUUGGAAAGGCUUGCGGAUUCAGAGACUGUUGAGGUUAAAUCAACAGGGAAAACUGAGGCCUGA